GCUUUGUCUGUCUGUCUAUAACUACCACAGAGAGGUUUGAUGUGGAAAUUUCGGUUUCAGUUUGGUGUAUUUAAAAAAAUACAAUAAUGUUAGAUCUGGAAUGCGAUGACAGUUGUUUUAUGGAGGAAGACAAAAUUUCACAUUUUUAAGAAUUUGUUUUGUGCAUUAUGAGUGGUGCUGAUUACUGUAGAAUUCGAACUUCUGAUCCUGAAGAAAUGAGCAAUUAUGAAUCUCUGUUUUUGUUGGAGGAUCGCAUGGGUAUGACAGUGACCAGUGGCAGUGUGACACUGAAUAAAGAUGAAAAAAACCUAAUUGGAAUAAGUAUUGGAGGAGGAGCUCCUCUUUGUCCCUGCCUUUAUAUUGUGCAAGUGUCAGAGAAUGGACCAGUAGCUACAGAUGGAACUUUGCAGUGUGGAGAUGAAAUAACAGCUGUGAAUGGAGAAUCUGUGAAAGGAAAAAGCAAGGUGGAGGUAGCAAAGAUGAUUAAAAGUGUAAAGGGUGAAGUUUGUAUAGCGUACAACAAACUACAUGCUGAUCCUAAGCAAGGGAAAACUUUAGAUAUAAUUCUUAAAAAAGUCAAACAUCGUGUAGUAGAAAAUAUGAGUUCUGCCACAGCAGAUGCUUUAGGUUUAAGUAGAGCAAUAUUGUGCAAUGAUACUCUAGUCAAGAAAUUAGAAGAAUUAGACCGAAAUGAAUUUGUGUAUAAGGGAUUAGCUGAACACACCAAACAGAUGUUAAGAGCAUUUUUUGAUUUAUGCCAAGUUUAUAGAGGUGAGCUGAUGUAAUACAAAUUCACAUUAAA